UAACGAACUUCAAGGGACAAAAACAAAAACAACCACCCAAACACAACACAAACCACAUUUGCUGCUGAGAAAUUUUACAGAGAAGAAAAAUUGUGUUUUUCAAUUCUCUAAUCUGAUUCUAAUGGCGUUUGCUGCAUCGUCUUCUGCCAUUACUGGCUCCAUCUUUUCCUUCUUUUCCCAGGAGCUCAAAGCUCCACAGUUCGGUUCCUUCCGGCCUUUAGAUCGAACCCUCGUCACAUCGGCGGCGGCCGAUUCUACCGGAGGGCGGUCCUUAGUGAAACCAGUAUACGCUGAACCUAAACGAAGCGAUUCAAUCGUUCCUCUCGCAGCAACCGUAACCACUCCUGAGGUAGCAGAGAAUGUAAUAGAACCAGAAGAUUACAAGAAAUUGGCUCAAGAUCUCGAAGAUGGUUCUCCUCUUGCAAUUAUUGAUAAAGCCCUUGAGAAAUUCGGGAAUGACAUCGCCAUUGCCUUCAGUGGAGCCGAGGAUGUGGUGUUGAUCGAGUAUGCGAAGUUGACAGGGCGACCCUUCAGGGUGUUCAGCCUUGACACAGGGAGGCUCAACCCAGAGACUUACAAGUUCUUCGAUACGGUGGAAAAGCACUACGGAAUUCGCAUCGAAUACAUGUUCCCUGAUGCGGUGGAGGUGCAGGGACUGGUCAGGAGCAAGGGGCUUUUCUCCUUCUAUGAGGAUGGCCACCAGGAAUGCUGCCGAGUGAGGAAGGUGAGGCCUUUGCGAAGGGCCCUCAAGGGGCUUCGUGCUUGGAUCACUGGACAGCGGAAAGAUCAGUCCCCAGGCACCAGGUCUGAAAUCCCCGUCGUCCAGGUCGAUCCUUCCUUCGAAGGAAUGGAUGGUGGAAUGGGAAGCCUUGUUAAGUGGAACCCACUCGCUAACGUUGCCGGCAAUGAUAUCUGGAACUUUGUGCGGGCGAUGAAUGUGCCCUUUAAUACUUUGCACUCGCAGGGUUACGUCUCCAUUGGGUGUGAGCCCUGCACAAGGCCGGUGUUGCCAGGGCAGCACGAAAGGGAAGGGAGAUGGUGGUGGGAGGACGCUAUGGCCAAGGAGUGCGGCCUUCACAAGGGCAACAUCAAACAGGAAGCCGAGCCGCAAAACGGUAACUCUAAUGGAAACGGAAACACCGCAGUUGCUGACAUCUUCAGUACCGAGCACGUGGUGAACCUGACCAGAACUGGGAUUGAGAAUCUGGCAAGAUUGGAUAACCGAAAAGAAGCCUGGCUGGUGGUGCUUUAUGCUCCUUGGUGCCGUUUCUGCCAGGCAAUGGAAGGAUCGUAUGUGGAGUUGGCGGAGAAGCUGGCUGGGAGUGGGGUGAAGGUUGGGAAAUUCAGGGCAGACGGAGAGCAGAAGGCAUUUGCAGAGAGUGAGCUGCAGCUAGGGAGCUUCCCCACCAUUCUUUUCUUCCCCAAACACGCAGCAAGGCCCGUCAAGUACACGUCUGGGAAGCGGGAUGUUGAUUCAUUCAUGGCCUUUGUGAACGCCCUCCGCUGAUAUGGAAAUCACAAGUCUUUUGCGUACAUAAGCGCUAGAGUUCCCCCUUAGAACUUCAGUUACCUACAAAACCCUGCUUGGGGUUAAUGUUUUUGCAAAAAUAAAUUAAGAAGAAUAUAGGACGGUUGCCGGGACUCGGGAGAGGAGUAAAUUCAAAAAGCCAAGAAGCAGUGGAUGAUCUUCGAAGGUUGAUUCGGUGGCGCCGGCUUUCCCUGUUUUAGAUUUUGUUCUCCUUUCAAGGGGGCAUCUCGCCCCCUUUUCUCCAAUCUUGUGUAAUAUAGAGAUCAUUUGCUUUUCCAAAGAAAAUCUACUUGAUUGGGCCAAA